AUGAAUUACAACAAUAAUAAGAAACGGUCUAAUGCUAGGGCGUCCCCCGGAAGCGACGCACACGGCGAGAUACGAGAAAAUGCGAUUAAUACUAGGGCGUGCCCCCAAAGCGACGAGAAGAACCAUGCAGCCCACAUGCCAAAAGUCCGCAUAGCCAGUUGGAAUGUGGGCUCCAUGACAGGACGCAGCUUAGAACUAAGCGAAGUGCUGCUCAGAAGACGCAUCAGCAUCUGCUGUAUACAGGAGACGAAAUGGAAGGGGUCUAAAGCGCGCAAUAUUGGUAACGACUACAAGUUCAUUUACAACGGCACGAAGACAAAUCAGAACGGCGUCGGCAUAGUAGUAGACAAAACUUUCCAGAACCGUAUAGUAGACGUGAAUAGAGUCAGUGAUCGAAUUAUAGCAAUUAAGUUCGCACUUGAUAACCAACCAUGCAUGAAUGUUAUAUCAGCGUAUGCUCCACAAACAGGGUUGCCACAACCAGAAAAACAAGCUUUCUGGGACGAUCUUCACGACCUGACUCAAUCCAUACCAAAAACGGAGUCAAAAUACAUCGGAGCAGAUUUUAAUGGGCACGUGGGACAAAUCACGAACGACUCCUUUAGGGAAAUUCACGGUAACCAGGGUUAUGGGAAUAAAAACUCCCAGGGUGAUGAUAUUUUAAAUUUCGCGUACACAUUUAAUAUGGCAAUUGUCAACACCUUCUUCACCAAAACAAACGAACACUUGAUAACAUAUAAGAGUGGAGACAAAUGCACACAGGUGGAUUACAUCCUAGCGGACAGGAAACUGCUAAAGUCCUUUAAAAACUGUAAGGUAAUACCUGGUGAACCACUAACAUCUCAACAUCGACUCCUAGUUGCGGAUUUUAUAGCACAAAGACCAAUUAGAGUCAAAACAGCUAGAGUUCCUAAAGUACGCUGGUAUAAACUAGAUCAAGAAGAGGGUGAAAAACUAUGUUCAGACCUGAAAGAGUACAUUUACGAGAUCCAACCAGGCAACGACGCAAACACAAUGUGGAAUGAGUUUCACGAGCGCAGCAUCCAGAAAGCCACAAGCUACCUAGGCAUCUCAAAUGGACUUUCAAGGGAGAACAAAGACCCAAUACUAUGGGACCCGGAGGUCCAAGAAAAGAUCAGAUCCAAGAAAACCCUCUUCAGGAUCUGGCAAAGUACAAAGAGCGAUGACGACCGGACAACAUACCGAGACGCAAAGAGGGAAACCAAACGCGCGGUGGCGCAGAUCAGAGCUAGAAGCAGGGAAGGUUUUUAUGCUAAGCUAGAAAAUGCUAACAAUGAUAAACAGCUGUUUAAAAUUGCCAAACAAAGACAUCGAGAUACACAAGAUACUCGGGCAGUUAAGUACAUCAAAGACCUGCAAGGAAACCUCUUAACAUCAGACUCGGAUAUAAAUGAUAGAUGGAGGGAAUACUACGCUAAAUUGUUGAACGAGACACACCCCUGUGAACCAAUAAUGGAGCUUCCAACAGUGAAAGGUCCAUGGCCUGUCAUUACGCCGGAAGAAGUCAAAUUAGCGUUAAGCCAAAUGGCUAAUAAUAAGGCAACUGGUAUGGACAUGCGUCUGUGGAAACAGGCGCAGGCGGACAACCCGGACCCUGAAAAUUAUAUACCAGUACCAAUCAUUGGGUUUUCUGAAAUAAAGUUCCGCGCGCGGUGCCAGAGUGAGGAGGCGGCGCUGCAGGCGAGCUGGCUGAAGCGCGCGGCCGACACGCUGGCCGAGCUGCGCACGCGCCGCGCCGCCGCGCACGCCGCGCUCGAGCGCCGCGCCGCCGCGCUGCACGCGCUGCGCCACCGCCUGCUGCAGGUGAUAGCGCGGCAGGAGGUGGUGGGGCGCGUGGGCGCGGCGCUCAGCGCGGACGAGGAGGCGGCGCGCGCGCGCCUGCAGGAGCUCGCGUCGCAGCUCGCCGCGCCUCCCCUCUACAACGGCCGUCUGAAUGAAUUGCUAUGCGCUGUGCGCCUCCAGCGUAGCUCGAGCGCCGGCGCGCCCCACGAGCGGUACCACUUGGACCCCGGUGCACAAGAAGACGUGAAACAAUUCCUAUCGCUGCAACAGCGUGGAAUGGCACAUCUAAUGGAUACAGUGAAGAAGGACCUCGCAGCUCUGAAUAUUAUCUCUGAAGGAAUGUCCCAACUUGUUAGGACU